AUGGGUAGAGGAAAAUCUUUACACUUGUCUGAGGCCCUAAGCCAUGUCCGUCUUCCAUGGCACCACACCGUACCACAGCAUCGCCAUACAGAGACGACGUGGGGUCAGCUAGCUGCAGCCUAUCUUGUUCCCCCAAAGUCCAAACAAGUGAAGAACCCUUCCUCGCUCCCUCGACCGAGAUGCCAUGGGUACCCUCAGCCUCAGCCUCAGCCGGGCUGGGACGGCGGCUACCCUCCUUCUGAUUGCGCCCCUCCACCGGAGCGGUACGGUUAUCCUCCUCAACCAGGUUGGGGUGGCUACGGCUGCGGCUAUCCGCCACACCAAGGAGGUCACUGGGGCGGGCACGGCUACGGAAGGCAUAUGGGGUGGCUAGCAGCCGGAGCCGCGAUCGCCGGAGCUGGCGCUUAUGGAGUGUACAUCCACCUCCACAACCACCACGGACAUGGUAGAGGUUAUUACGGCCAUGGGUAUGGCCACCAUGGCAAGUUCAAGCAGGGACACCAGGGGAAGUUUAAGCACUAUAUAUGCUCACCACGAUGGCAAGUUCAACAAGCAGCAUGCUGGGCCGGGCAAGGCAAGUUCGCUGCCAAACCCCCGGUCACAGUACUGGAGACAUGAGGUCCAAGAUGAUCACCCUGAUGGAUAUAUAUUGCCCUAUACUUGCCGAAUAUAUAAAUAAACUCCGAUAUGAUCCUCUGGUGCAACCUGCUGCUUCCCUUUCAGGACUGCGAUGCUCGAUCGAUCAUGUCAGGGAAUUAAAGCUUCUGCUACCUUUGUGACGACGUAUAUUCUAGCUACUAUUCCAAGCAAGGAGAUCGUAUUUAUAUGCUUUGUUUUGUUUUCGAGAAUACGCAGGAGAACUGCUUGUGUGUAUGUUUGUGUGCCACUACUGUAGAAGUUUGUGUCCGGACCAUGACAUGGUUUGCAAAUAAACACAGAACUGAGUAACGUUGUGUUGAUGAUAUAUCCACUUGCACCCUA